AUGUUUGAUUUUGAUAACAGAGACAAUAUACCACCAUUUGGCGAGGAACUACGUGAUGCUAUUGAUAAAGGAGAUAUUGUCGGCUUGAGACAGACCAUCUGUAAAGGAGCUGACAUCAAACUUCAAUUUGGAAAGUAUCAUGCUACGCCUUUACAUUUUGCAUGUAAAAAACAAAGCCUUGAAAUUGUGGAAGAGUUAAUCAAGAAAGGCGCUGAUAUAAAUUCAACGGACGGGAUCAACGACCGACCAUUGCAUGAAGCAGUUAGGUUUGGUGUACUUUCUGUAUUGUCGUUUCUACUUGAGAAGAAGGCAGACCCUGACGUACAAAAUAAUUAUGGCGAUAGCCCGUUAAUGUAUUGUUUCGACACUGCAAGAUUUAGAGCAAAUGGGUGGACGAAAAAGGCAAAGGUACUCCUGAAGCAUGGCGCAAUGAAAGAUUUAAAGAAUAAUCAUGGAAAGGUUGCAGCUGAUAACCUAUACACUUUUCUGGAAAUGGUUCGAAAUGGCAAAAGUAUUGAAAAGGAGAUUACGACCCCUGAGGAACUCGCGGAAGCUUAUCAUCUCUAUGACGUACUGAGUGAGGCUGACGGAAAGGGAGAGCAGUUACUAUUGGAGGUUGUACAAUCAUUGGACGCAGAUCAACCCACGUGUCAUAAUCAGAACUUGAAGGAAAUGUGUAAAUCUGCCUUGUCAAUACUACGGACUAGAGAUUGGACAUCACCCUGGGAAAUGUUGGAUGAUGUUCCUAGCGAAAUUCAUCAGUUAGGAACUAUCACUGAAGACAUGUUCCUACGUUCAAUGGCGACAAAGCAUGUACAGCCGAAGUAUAUCCGAUUAAUGGUUGUCGGAGACGUCGGUGUUGGUAAAACAUCUCUGUGUCUGAACCUCAUUGAUGAAGCGAGAGAGGCUGCUCCUACAGACGGAAUAAACGUGUUCAUUCAAAAUUACAUUGUUGACAUGAAAACAGGAAAAUGGCAGAAGUUGUCGGAUAAAGAGAUACAAAACGUAUCAACGAAAAUACUAUCUACGGUAUGUAGAGCUGAAAAUAAAUCUAAAAGGAGAAAUUUACCACAACCAGCCACUUCCGGAGAAACGGCGGAAACGGAAGUUUAUUUAAGGGCAAAUAAAUCUACAAGGCAAGCAUCCGAUAGUCCUCCAACUCCACCAGCAAAAAGAAGGAGAUCAGACUCGGAUAAAACUAGAAUCACACUCAAAAAAGUGAACACGACUGGUAUGGUGAGAGACGAGGACGCUUUUCUCUCCAUUUGGGAUUUUGCUGGUGAUGAAAUUUACGAGGCAACACAUCAUAUCUUCAUGAGCCCUGACGCCGUAUACAUCAUCGUUUUCAAUGCGGAAGCAUGCCUACAAGAUGAUAGAAAUCUUGACAAUAUGUAUAAAUGGCAAGACGUGAUCAGAACGUAUUCAACAAACUUCACAAGAACGAAAACGUCACACAAGUCUCCCCCUAUCAUACUUGUAGGAUCCCAUUUGGACAGGCUAGGCGAUUCAGAUGAAAAAAGAAAAAAAAGCAAAAUUCAGCUGAUGGGAAAAAUGAAGCAAGUUUCAAGCAGCACUCAGCUUUACUUUGUUGACAAUACAAACAAACACGACUCUAGUAUCCAGCGAAUCAGGGACGAAAUAGUGACAUCGGCAAAGUUCCAAGAAAACUGGAAUAAAAGGAUACCAGCCACAUGGGUGGCUAUUGACAUCGAAUUGCGGAUGCUGAAACAGCAGAAACGUUACAUCAUGCGAUUUUCUGAAGUCCUCGACAUUGACAAACGUAAUGAAGUUUCUAUUGAUGAUACAGAGGAAAUGAAAAGUUGUUUGAGAUACAUGCAUCUGACAGGACAUAUCUUAUUUUUUGAAAAUGAAUUGGGAAGUUCUGUGGAAUCGUUUAUAGUAACACAUCCUCAAUGGAUUGUGGAUGCAUUUCGCUGCAUUAUUAAAGCAGUGAGAUUUGUAGAAACGCAUGACGAUGACAGUCUAAGACUUCAUAUCACUCAGUUUCAAAUGUCCGGCAUUCUGAUCGAAGGAUUGCUGAAAAGACUAUGGCGAUACUAUGAAACUCAUCAAGACAUUCUUAUCGAAAUAAUGCAGCGCUUACAACCACUUGUAGCUGUAGACAAGAUCAAUAAUGAACUGGCUUGGAUUGUUCCAAGCAUGCUUAAAUCAACAAAUGGAUCACCACUCUUCCAAGCGAUAUUAUCUCAUCCGGAUGCUGUUGUAUCUAAAACAUUGUGUUUUGUUUUCAAAUCAAACGUUUUGCCUGCAAUAUACGACAAACUAUUAGCUGGAUGUCUUUCUUCAAAACUUAAGAUUAAAACAGAUAAAGAAAGGAAGUCUAUAAUGGGAAGGGGAACCGCGUGCUUUAUCUUAAACCGCGCAUGUGACCUAUUGCUGAGUUGCAAAGGAUCUGUUGUCAGUUGCACACUUGUUAGCCGGAACCGAAACAUACACUUUGGAGAGAAAUGCUCAUUUGUACGGAAGAUUCUGUGUAACAUUUUAAAAGACAUAUUCAAAAAGUUUCACCAUGGCAACCUUGAAUAUGAAUUGUGUUUACACUGUCGACACGAUAUUUGCGAUGAAGACUGUCCAGUACCAAUCAUAGACAUCGAAAAGGAGGGAAAUGUGACUUGCUGUGAGAACAGCCCAGGAGAAACACAUUCGCUCGACAAAUCGGACGUUGAACCCUGGAUCAAUCCGGAAAAGGUAAGAUCGUUAGAUUACGAUUUGCCAACGGACGUCCUUCAUUCACAGCCUACUGACUGGAUGAUUGCGAUAUUAAGUGAUCGUUUCAUUGGUGACAAGUACAACCUUCUCUUUUUGUUUCUUGGUUUGAACUCCACUGUUAUAAACACCUGCAGAGGUUCUGACGCUAUAGGGUCAGUAAUUUGUAACCUCUUUGAAAGAUGGAGGAAUGACAAGGGCAAAGAUGCAACGCUAAUUAAACUCUUUAGCGGAAUGCGGGAAUUUUGCCUCGACGUAACUGGUGCUGAAGAUGCAAUAGCUAAAGAAUAUAAAAGGCGCUCUUCUGAGCACAAUUGA